CCUCCUACCGAAUCCUCUCUCUCUCUCUCUAAAAUGUCUCUCUUGCUGGAACUCUUUCCGCUCUCUUCUCUCUCUUCAUCAUCUCAGCGUCCCACGGCCCCGGUGCUCUCGCCGGAUAUGGUCACACCGUCGCACCCACUCACUUCAUUUGCAAAUUCACCUGCUUCCAAUCGUCGGCGCUCAAUUUCUUGCAAAUCACACACUACUAAAGCUUUUGCAGUUCCGCGGAGGAAUGCAAUGGCCUUGAUCUUUUCGAGUUAUAUCUUCUCACGAAUUAAUUUGCACGAUGUUGCAUCUGCUCAACAAUCUGUGGAGUUCAGGGAAUAUAUAGAUACUUUUGAUGGCUAUUCGUUCAAGUACCCACGGAACUGGAUUCAAGUUCGAGGUGCUAAUGCAGACAUAUUCUUCAGGGAUCCGUUCGUUCUUGAUGAAAAUAUAUCAGUUGAGGUAUCCUCUCCUUCAUCCUCUAGUUACAAAACCGUGGAAGAUUUGGGUCUGCCACAAGAAGCAGGAGAGAAAGUACUUAGGCAGUAUUUGACAGAGUUCAUGUCUACUAGACUUGGUGUGAGGCGUGAAUCGCACAUUCUGUCUACAUCUUCAAGAGUAGCUGAUGAUGGGAAGAUAUAUUAUCAAGUUGAGGUAAACAUAAAGUCAUAUGCAAGCAACAAUGAGCUAGCUGUGAUGCCACAAGACCGAGUAGUUCGUUUGGAAUGGGACAGGCGAUACCUUUCAGUUCUUGGAGUUGAAAACAACCAGUUGUAUGAAUUGAGACUACAGACACCGGAAAAUGUAUUUGCAGAGGAGGAGAAUGAUCUUCGACAAGUUAUGGAUUCCUUUAGAGUAAACAAGGUGGCCGUUUGAUCAAUUACGUGCAUUGAAUUUUUUCCCUAAAAUUUUGUCAUUCUUUGAUUUCAAUUUAUGUAUGUUGCAUAACUUUACUACGGAUUAUUCUUCUAGCUGUUCUGUUUUAUUAUCUUGUACUGGUGAUUAAAUGUAAUCAUCCCUAAGUUACCUUCA